AUUGCUGACAAGUUUGUCAAAACGCCUUUGGUGUAAUCACUCACAGUCACACAUAGUUGGCCACAAUACAAUUCCCUUAGAAGAAGAAGAAGUCACAUUACAAUGUCUAGCACAGCAGCACCUCCAGUAGCCAAAAGCAUCUCAGAUGUCACAGAAGAAAUAGUGAAAAACGCAACCACUGGGUACGAGCCAGGUAGCUACCAGUACAUGGCAGUUGAGAAGAUGACUAGACUGUCAAUAUACGCCUUCACUGAGCCCUGGGAGUUCCUCCUCAACCUCCUCCUAGUCCUCACACCUCUGAUGGCUGUGGCCGCAUUCUGUGCCUAUAGACUCAGCAAGUCAUCUCACAAAAAGGGCAAAAAAUCAGCUGCCAGACCCAACUCGACCUCAUCUUCCUCGUCUGGAAAACCGGAACGACAGAUGCCACCACGAGCGGCGAAGAAGUCCAAAAAGGACAACUGAACUGAGUCUCAAAAACGACAUUAACAACAGCGAAUUAGUUGUUGCUGAUGGCACAUCGUCUGAUUUCAGGGUUUGAUUUGUAAACUGUGAUUUUUUGGAUCAAUUAGGCUCAAAUUUGAAGCUAGUUUUAUUGAAUUAAACCAGCCCAUUUUAAUACAUGAUGCGCAUAUACUUAACUAGAGGUUUAUUUCUUUGUUGGUUUGGUUAUUUUUUUCUGCUAUUUUUCACUUGGAUCCGCUGCAGGACAACUUGUUUAAUUGAUCCUUAAAUUUUUCGUGUUGGUCUUCAAUUACUUGAGUAUUUCAUUUAAUGGCGUUUAUAAGCCUUUUUUGCGAGAUGGUUCUACUAAUGAGUUCUUAACGAUGGAAUUGCGCCGUUUUCCGUCAACUCAUGUGCAAUGUGUGUUACUAAUUUGACCCCCCGAUUCUAUCAAAAUUGCAGUGUUCUACUUUUAAUACUUCUCUAUAUCACUUCGAAACAUUCAAUUUAAUAGAACGGCGUUAUUUAUUAGUCUGAAUUGCUGAUUCCAAAUACGUAUACUGGGAGUUUCAAUGAAAUUUGUUUUAUUUUACCUUGACUUAAGGAUGCUAAGAUUCAGAAUCUUUUUGGAAUCCGAAAUCUCUAUUUGGAGUUUUUAAUUUAAAUGGUAUUUUUUUUUAUUGUUUCAUGAAUAGAUUUGCAUAUUUUUGCUUUCACGUGAAAAUAAUAGAUUCCAAUUUGACUACUUAGAUUUCAAUUUGAUGCCGCUUUUUAUGCUUUAGUUUUUUGUUUGUUUCUUCAAUCUCGUAUUAUUCACAGUUCAAUUGA